CAUGCAAAUGAUGUUGCAUUUGUAACAUGCUUUUCUUGCUUCCAUACUUGUGAUACCUAUAAACUCAUCUUCUCUUACCUUACAAAGAGUGUUUAUUUUAUUAUCUUAUGCAUUUUUAAAAGCCCUUGAGUUCCAUGUGAUCUUGGAUUGGCAGAUAACAUGGUUAGGUCUGCAAGUUGUGAAAAAACCAGUGUCGUCAAAAGCGGUGUAUGGAUCGCAGAAGACGAUGCAAAGACACCUACGUUUGUAUCGGAGCAUGGUUCUAGUAAUUGGACUUCUGUCCCCAAAAAAACAGGUGUUAAGAGGUGUGGAAAAAGUUGCAGGCUUAGGUUAAGUAGCUACAUACCUGAUCUUAAGCAUGAUAACUUUACAUCAGAAGAAGAAGAUUUAAUCGUUAAGCUUCACGCGGCCAUCGGUAGUAGGUGGUCUAUAAUAGCUCAACAACUACCUGGAAGAACAGACAAUGAUGUAAAGAACAAUUGGAACACAAAGCUGAAAAAGAAGCUUUCUCAAAUGGGGAUAGAUCCUGUUACUCACAAACCUUUCUCUAAACUCAUUGCUGAUUAUGGAAAUAUAGGUGCUACUACUACUGCUACUGAUUCACAACAAAGAUUGAUCAGAAACACAAACGACCGAUCAAUGCAAUUGCGAACGAAAAUGGAAACAUCGAUGUUUGAGGAAGGAUGUUUGUCAUCAACACUAUCUACCUCAUCUGCUUGUUCUUCAACUUCAACACAAGGAACAACAUUUGUUGCACCGUUUAGUUGGAAUGAUUUUCUUACAGAAGAUGCUAAUUUUGCAGCACCUACUAAUAACCUGCAAGAAGAACAAUAUUUAGAGAAAAAGAAAGAGGUUAUGUCAUCAUCCUCAGAUGUUUCAUUUGUUGAAGCCAUACUUGAUCAAGAAAAUGAGAUGUUUCUAAGCUUUCCUGAACUUUUAGAGGAACCAUCCAAUUACUGAUUCACUUCAAAUUUUCUUAAUAUUUUUCCAAUAAGGUACUAGUAAGUAUCAUUUAACAAGCUCACAGUGAUCAUGUUUCAAUUGUUAGCUUAUGAUGCAAGUUCUUAAUCCUUUAACCA